GUGAAUUGCCACUGCUAUGCCAGGGUCACCACUAUCCAGGUUGGUGGGUGCUGGUAUCUGACCGUUGGGUGGACCCUGGCAGGGUGAGACAUAUUUACAGGUAUAUAAGGAAGGCAAGUCAGGUGAAAAUUCGAUAUUUUUUACGAUGGCCAAACAAUGAUGCUAGAACUUGUUGGUAUUGCAGGCUUCAUAGCUCAAUGCGUGUUGGUUAUACGCCAACAUUCUAUUGCCACCCAUAAUAUUGCCCUUCGGGAGUACCAAGAGAUCCAACGGCUACAAAAUGAGUUUAAUUUCCGGCUUCGAAGCUUGGAGUUUGAAUUGUCUCGUCUUAUUCAACUUGAGAACGAACGAGCAAAUUACGAAAGCCUUGUUGGCUCAAUACACUCUUAUUCUUAGAUUUACAUAGAUUUAUUAUCUCUAAAGCAUGUGUUUCAAAUAGAUUGAAUAUAUUUUUU